ACCCCAGCGGCAUCUCCAAAGCCGCUUGCUUCCUCCCAUCAAAAACCCUAAACAUUCUCUCUCAUUCUUCCCCAAAUCCCCAAGUCAAGAUCCACACAUCCCUAAUCGGAGAAUCACCCAAGUAAUUUGAGUUGAGUAGUUGAAAUGGGUGAUAACAAUUCUCCACCUGGGUCACCCAAAGAAGCUGAUCAUGAUUCCGAUGCCAACGCUGUUGUUAAGGAUAACAGCGCAUUGGAAACCAUAGUCCGGAAGUUCCAGGAUUCGAUGUCGAUUGGGAAGAGGCACACAUUUUGGGAGACUCAGCCUGUUGGGCAGUUCAAGGAUCUUGGUGAUGUGAGUCUGCCCGAGGGCCCGAUUGAGCCUCCCACGCCGUUGUCUGAGGUCAAGCAGGAGCCUUACAAUCUGCCGAGCCAGUAUGAGUGGACCACGUGCGAUCUGGACUCUGAGGAGACGUGCACUGAGGUCUACAAUCUGUUGAAGAAUAACUAUGUGGAGGAUGAUGAGAAUAUGUUCAGGUUUAAUUAUUCCAAGGAGUUUCUUAGGUGGGCUUUGCACCCGCCCGGGUAUUAUAGGAGCUGGCAUAUUGGGGUUCGUGCAAAGACAAACAAGAAGCUGGUUGCUUUCAUUACUGGUGUCCCUGCUAGGAUCCGGGUCCGUGAUGUGGUUGUGAAAAUGGCUGAGAUUAAUUUCUUGUGUGUGCAUAAGAAGCUCAGGUCGAAGAGACUUGCACCUGUCAUGAUCAAGGAGGUCACAAGGAGGGUUCACUUGGAGAAUAUCUGGCAAGCAGCUUAUACAGCUGGAGUGGUGCUCCCAACUCCAAUAACGACUUGUCAGUACUGGCAUAGGUCUUUGAAUCCAAAGAAGCUUAUUGAUGUUGGGUUUUCAAGGCUAGGUGCAAGGAUGACUAUGAGCCGUACCAUAAAGCUAUACAAGUUACCUGAUACACCAGUUACUCCUGGAUUCAGAAAGAUGGAACUUCAUGAUGUCCCUGCUGUUACUCGAUUGCUUAGGAACUACUUGAGCCAGUUUGUGGUUGCACCAGAUUUUGAUGAAAAUGAUGUCGAGCAUUGGCUUCUCCCAGAGGAGAAUGUGGUGGACAGUUACUUGGUCGAAAGCCCAGAGACUCAUGAGAUCACAGACUUCUGCAGCUUCUACACUCUUCCUUCAUCUAUCCUUGGCAAUCAGAAUUACUCAAUCUUGAAGGCUGCUUACUCAUACUACAAUGUCACGACCAAGACUCCAUUGCUUCAGUUGAUGAAUGAUGCUCUUAUUGUUGCAAAACAGAAGGAUUUUGAUGUUUUCAACGCAUUGGAUGUGAUGCAGAAUGAGCCAUUUUUGAAAGAGCUGAAAUUUGGACCUGGCGAUGGGCAACUUCACUAUUAUCUUUACAAUUACCGGAUGAGGAAUGCAUUGAAACCCGCUGAGCUUGGGCUUGUACUGCUAUAGAUUUUCAGUCUCUGAUUUGCACUGCGAACUGAAAAGUUUGAUUUGGUGUUUUUGUUUCGCUGGCUAGGUACCUGUUGCUUUUCAUUUGUCUUGUUCUUCUUCAUCAACACAACAAAAGAUUUAAGAUUUUGUAAUGCAUUUUAGAGAACCAGUGACUUGUGAUGCUUAUAGCUUAGGCUAUGCCUCUCUGUUGUUAGCAAUGCAAAUGUUCUUCUUUGAAAGUUUUUUCCUUUAAAAGAAAAGUUUUCUUGUGAUGUUUAUUGACCA